GUUUGACUCCAUUUUGGUUCAGGUUUUCAUUGAAUUGACGUUUUGUUCAACACUUUGUGUAAACAAACUCUUCAUUUGACGACAAAAAUGUGUUUUCAUUUAAUUUAACUUUAAUUGCAAUUAAUAUUAAACAUUGAAUCGAUUGCAUAAUCACAAGACAAGACACCAAAGACACGAUAUGUCACAACCGGCGCGAACUCACGAGGAAAUCGAGUCACAGAUCCGUGAAAUUCAGGCCAAGAAAGCGAGUCUUAACACCGAAAAUGGUGAGGAAAGUGACGGAAGAAUAUCGAUGUCGCUGUCGAAGGCGGCCAUGGAUUCGGACAUCUAU